ACGAAGCCGACUCCGAGCUGUCCGACUUCAGGCGAGCUUUUUGAGACAUCCCCCGGCUGCGAUCGGCUAUUCUCGUCUACUUUCGAGGCGAGCCGCAACGCGUCUCAAACAAGCCUACUGCUUCUGGAAUAGGAAGUCCAGGGUUGAAGGUCCGUUCGAAGCUUCAGUGUCAAACUGCCAUCACUAGUAUUUACCGACAUGUUGCAGGCCUUAAAAGGCGUAAGACACCUCCAUACCAGUGCAAUGAAACAAGCAGUUUCAGAGCUCUGUGUACCGGUGCCAUGGGGGGAGAUCAGAGGGAAAGUUUGGGGUCCUGAUCAUGGCCGUCCUGUGCUCUGCCUGCACGGCUGGGCUGACAACUGUGGCACAUUCAACACCCUCAUUCCCCAUUUACCCAAAGAGUGCAGGUACGUGGCGGUGGAGCUGGCGGGUCACGGCCGGUCGUCACAUCGUCCUGCUGGAGUUUCCUACUCUUUCCCCACCUAUGUGAUGGAUGUACGCAGAGUCGUUGACGCUCUGCAGUGGAGCAAGUUCUCCAUCAUAGGACACAGUAUGGGUGGUAACAUCGCUGGAAUGUUCAGUGCACUCUAUCCAGAGAUGGUGGAUGCUGUCGUACUGCUGGACUCGUAUGGAUUCUUUCCUACAGAUCUGAAAGAGGUCUUUGAAGCGAUGAGGCAGGGGAUGGAUCAGAUGGUUGAGUUUGAAAAAAAAACAGAGGAGAAGAAGACAAGAGUUUACACUUAUGAAAACGCGGUAGAGAGGUUGCAGGCUGCAAACCCCACACUGUCUGAAAAGUCUGCACACAUCCUCUUAGAGCGAGGUCUCGUUCAAGUGGAAGGAGGUGUGGUGUUUACUCGAGACUUUCGUAUUAAUCUGAAAAAUAUGGUGCGCAUGACUGCAGAGCAGAGUCUAGAAUUGCAGUCGAUGAUUAAAGCCCCGGUUCUAGUUGUUCUAGCAGAGGACGGCUUUGAGAAAUUAUUUGUUGAACCAGAUAAAAGGACAUUUAUAUCAGCAAUGCUUCAGGCCUAUAGGGACAGAAAUCACACUGUGGUGAAGGUACCAGGCGAUCAUCACAUCCAUCUGAACGACCCGGCAGUCGUUGCUCCUCUCGUGUCUGACUUCCUGCGGACCAAAGUGUUGUCAGAGCCAGCUACACUAAAAGAGGAACAGACCUCAAAGUUAUAGUUAAAAUAUUUAUAAAAAUAACAUUAGUUGUGCCUUAAAUACUUUUACUGAAAGGAGUGUUGGGUGAGAUGAAGAGACUGAUUAAAAAAAAACAGCCAAAUUAGGUUUUUGGCGCAGCUUAGAUAUUAUAUGUGAUGCUGUCCUUUGUGUCAAUGUCAAGAUUUCAAGUGUGUGAGACUUCUGUGAAAAUGUACAGAAACACUUAAAAACACAUUUGUCUGAUAAUGGUAUGGAACAUAAAGAGAGAUAAUCUUAAAAGAGGACUCCAAAUAUAAAGCGUAUUCAUCCUUAAACUCUCUUUGAUUCAAAACAAUAACAAAAAUCAAUGCAUGAUUAGCUUAUUAGAGGAUGUCCCUUAUAUGAUAGAAGGCAUUAUUUUAUGCUUUGAAGGCCAUGGGAUUCAAAUUUGUGUUUUUUUAUCGGUUUUAAAUAUUCAAAUCAAAUCAAGUUAUAUAGCACAUUUAUAAACGAUUUUUGGUCGAGCCAAAGUGCUGUACAUAUAAUAAAAAUAGCCUACAGUAGAGACACUUUACAGCAAAUACAA